AUAUCUCCAUCGCUGUGCUUCAUUCUUGCUUGCUCUUCUCACCAGCAGCAUCUCCUCAGAUACCCCCACACAAUGUUGUCUUCAAGAUUAUCACGAUCCAUCCUGCCCCGGGCAACUGCUGCUGUCCGACGCGCCCCUGCCAUCAAGUCCACAUAUGGGUCGACGUUUGUGCGCGGAUAUGCUGAGGAGAAGGUGAAGGGUGCCGUCAUCGGUAUCGAUUUGGGUACCACCAACUCCGCCGUUGCUGUUAUGGAGGGCAAGACGCCUCGCAUCAUCGAGAACGCCGAGGGUGGACGGACAACUCCUUCCGUCGUCGCCUUCACCAAGGAUGGCGAGCGUCUCGUCGGUAUUGCCGCCAAGCGCCAGGCUGUCGUCAAUCCUGAGAACACCCUCUUUGCCACAAAGCGUCUCAUCGGUCGCAAGUUCACCGAUGCCGAGGUGCAGCGUGACAUCAAGGAGGUCCCUUACAAGAUUGUUCAGCACACCAAUGGUGACGCGUGGCUUGAGGCGCACGGCCAGAAGUACUCGCCAUCCCAGAUUGGUGGUUUCGUGCUCGGAAAGAUGAAGGAGACGGCCGAGGCUUACAUGGGCAAGACCGUCAAGAACGCCGUCGUCACUGUCCCCGCCUACUUCAACGACUCGCAGCGUCAGGCCACCAAGGAUGCUGGCCAGAUUGCCGGUCUCAACGUGCUCCGUGUCGUCAAUGAGCCUACCGCCGCAGCUCUUGCUUACGGCCUGGAUAAGUCCAACGACAACGUUAUUGCUGUUUACGAUUUGGGAGGUGGUACGUUCGAUAUCUCCAUCCUGGAGAUCCAGAACGGCGUUUUCGAGGUCAAGUCUACCAACGGCGAUACACACCUCGGUGGCGAAGACUUUGAUAUCACUCUCGUCCGCCACCUGGUUCAACAGUUCAAGAAAGAGCAGGGCAUCGAUCUGAACAGCGACCGCAUGGCGAUCCAACGUAUCCGUGAGGCGGCCGAGAAGGCCAAGAUUGAACUGUCUUCGUCCCUUCAGACGGACAUCAAUCUUCCCUUUAUCACCGCCGAUGCGUCGGGACCCAAGCACAUCAACUCCAAGCUGACCCGUGCUCAGCUUGAGAAGUUGGUUGAUCCUCUGAUCUCCAAGACUGUCGAACCUGUACGCAAGGCCCUCAAGGAUGCUAACCUCCAGGCCAAGGACAUCCAGGAGGUCAUCCUGGUCGGUGGUAUGACGCGUAUGCCCAAGGUUACCGAGUCGGUCAAGAGCAUCUUCGGGCGCGACCCUGCCAAGUCGGUCAACCCCGAUGAGGCUGUCGCCAUCGGUGCUGCUAUUCAAGGUGCUGUCCUUGCUGGUGAGGUCACUGACCUCCUCCUCCUCGACGUUACUCCCCUUUCUCUCGGUAUUGAGACCCUUGGUGGUGUCUUCACCCGUCUCAUUAACCGUAAUACCACCAUCCCCACCAAGAAAUCCCAGAUCUUCUCUACCGCUGCCGACUUCCAGAGCGCUGUCGAGAUCAAGGUUUACCAGGGUGAGCGUGAGCUCGUCCGUGACAACAAGCUCCUUGGAAACUUCCAACUCGUUGGAAUCCCACCUGCCCACCGUGGUGUUCCCCAGAUUGAGGUCACUUUCGACAUCGACGCCGAUUCCAUUGUCCAUGUCCAUGCCAAGGACAAGUCCACCAACAAGGAUCAGUCCAUCACUAUUGCCUCUGGUUCCGGCCUUUCGGAGGCCGAGAUCCAAGCCAUGGUUGAUGAUGCUGAGCGCUAUGGCGAACAAGAUAAGGAGCGCAAGAAUGCUAUCGAGGCUGCAAACCGUGCCGACAGCGUUGUGAACGACACCGAGAAGGCCCUGAAGGAGUUUGAGGACCGUCUGGACAAGACCGAGGCCGAGAAGAUCAAGGAGAAGAUCACCGCGCUCCGCGAGUUCAUCUCUCAAAGCCAGGCUGGCGAGGGCACUGCCACCGCCGCCGAGAUCAAGGAGAAGACCGACGACCUCCAGAACGCCAGCCUGACCCUCUUCGACCAGAUGCACAAGGCUCGUGAGUCUGCCGGCCAGGGCGAGCAGCAGCAGCAGCCCGGCGAGGGCGAAGGCGAGAAGAAGCAGUAAAAAGCAGUGGCUUGUAGCUUUGUCCUUCGUCAUUACCUCUGGUCUUGUUUUACUCCGGCACAAAAUUAGGCGUCCAUGUUUGCAUUCCGGUCUGGGUCGGGUCCUUUAGACGUGUACUUUUCCUUGUAGCUAUACCUUUUCACUUCUGGUACCACUUCGCCUCUCCUGCCCAUGUCUUAGUACCACCUAGUACCCUUUAGUCGAGCUUUUCCGUCCGUUUCUUGGUUAUGUCUUUAUACGCAAGCG